UCAGGGUUUGGAGUCGGUAUCUGGAUUAAAAAUCCCAAUCCGAACCCAGUACCUACCAGCCUGUAGACCGAUGGCCUGCCACGACGCCACGGAGGCCGGUCUAACUGUGGACGAAACACCUCGUCUGUGAAAUGUAACGUGUCGUAAAGACCAGGCUGUUUCGGACUGGACUGGUGAUUUUUCAUCUUUUCACUUGAUUUCACCUUUACUUGUUUUAUUUUAUUUUAAAUAAAACAAUUUUAUAACGGUAAAGACAGUGUUUGGUGAAUUUUGAUGAAGAAAAAAAAAGAAGUAAAAAAAAAAAAUCAACCCAAAACCCCCGUGGUGAGUUGAAAACUAGGCGAUUGAGCAUUUUUCUUCAUUCUGUUAUAAUGAUUAAAUGUACCAGCCUGAUUCUACAGUAACUGCAAAGCCAACCUCACUGGUUCCAGAUGUCACUGCCAUCCUAUAAUGAUUACCAGCCUGACUUGACAGUAACUGUAAAGCCAACCUGACUGGUUCCAGAUGUCACUGCCAUCCUAUAAUGAUUACCAGCCUGACUUGACAGUAACUGUAAAGCCAACCUGACUGGUUCCAGAUGUCACUGCGAUCCUAUAAUGAUUACCAGCCUGACUUGACAGUAACUGUAAAGCCAACCUGACUGGUUCCAGAUGUCACUGCCAUCCUAUAAUGAUUACCAGCCUGACUUGACAGUAACUGUAAAGCCAACCUGACUGGUUCCAGAUGUCACUGCGAUCCUAUAAUGAUUACCAGCCUGACUUGACAGUAACUGUAAAGCCAACCUGACUGGUUCCAGAUGUCACUGCCAUCCUAUAAUGAUUACCAGCCUGACUUGACAGUAACUGUAAAGCCAACCUGACUGGUUCCAGAUGUCACUGCGAUCCUAUAAUGAUUACCAGCCUGACUUGACAGUAACUGUAAAGCCAACCUGACUGGUUCCAGAUGUCACUGCCAUCCUAUAAUGAUUACCAGCCUGACUUGACAGUAACUGUAAAGCCAACCUGACUGGUUCCAGAUGUCACUGCCAUCCUAUAAUGAUUACCAGCCUGACUUGACAGUAACUGUAAAGCCGACCUGACUGGUUCCAGAUGUCACUGCCAUCCUAUAAUGAUUACCAGCCUGACUUGACAGUAACUGUAAAGCCAACCUGACUGGUUCCAGAUGUCACUGCGAUCCUAUAAUGAUUACCAGCCUGACUUGACAGUGAAGUGACGACAGCGGGUUUCCUGUCUCAAUAUCUGUGUGGUCCUUAAUCAUAUGUCUGACGCCAUAUAACCGUAAAUAAAAUGUGUUGAGUGCGUCGUUAAAUAAAACAUUUCUCUUUCUCUCUCUCUCCGUCCCGAGGUCUCCCAGGAGAUGUUAUCAGUAAAACUGAAUUUUACAAUCACUUUGUUUAGUCUGCUUUUGUUUAGCGACACCACUAUAGCACAUUGGUUUAUUAAUCACUGACAACUGGAUGUCACACAUUUGGUAAUUCUGACUUAUAGUUUUAGAGAGGAAACCCGCUACAUAUUCCCCAUUAACAGCAAGAUAUCCUUUAUAUGCACUUUCAGGACAGGACAGCACAUACCACGGUCGGGUAAAAAAUAAUAAUCAGAGAAUGGACCAAAUGAGGUGAUUCGAUCCUACGACGCAAGUACCUGAGGCGGGCACUCUAACGACGGAGCAACACCCCGCACAGAUCACAAAGGCCGUUGAACAAUGCUAGUGAGAAACUUACAUGUUUGUGAAUACGUAUUUGAGAUUUUGUAUAAUCGGUCCUUAACUUUUCAAAAUCGAUUCUUAAAUUCUCAAAUUCGAUCAGUAAUUAUCUUGCCAAAAUGAAACAGGUUAAGCAAGGGACCCCCCCCCCCCCUCCCCCACCUCCCUUGACGGAGACUGCACCCUCACACCGACCCUCAGCCGUAUUAUACCGAGUCCACGUGAUCACCAGGAGAUUUAUUGAUCUACAUUCAAGUAUAGUACACGUCAAGUCAAAGUCCGAGAUAAACGCACUCAGUUCAGAUCAUCAGAAGUGAAACUAGAAACAUGGCGACAGGCUCGAACGUCAGCUCCGAUAUAUGCAGUAUUUGUACUGAAAGGUUUCACUGUCCAAAACUUCUGCCGUGUUUCCACACGUUCUGUCUGGAAUGUCUACGCCAAUUUGUGUCGUCAUCAUCCAAGGACGGUCAGUUCCUGUGUCCUCUGUGUCGGCAUCAAGUGACCUUACCCGAGGAGGGAGUGACGGGCUUUCAGACCAACUUCUAUAUUGAGUCCAGGGAGAAUAAAUAUGCCCAGUGUGGGGGUGAGCGGUGUGGGGUGUGUGAGCAGCGAGCGACUAACUCGUGUCGUCAGUGUGAAAUACUGCUGUGCGAUACGUGUACAGGAGGUCACCGAAUUCUUCCAGCCACGAGAUCUCACGUGUUGAUAACCCUGGCUGAUUCCAGUACUGGGAAAACAGUUGUGUCUGUGCAGACCUAUUGUGAGAAACACAAAGAUGAGAAGUUGAGAUUUUAUUGCAUGGCGUGUAAUAAAACAAUUUGUAGAGACUGUAAGCUAACACACCAUGAAGGUCAUAAGACAAAAGAUAUCACAGAUGUUGUUGAAAAAGCCCGAACUAGCUUAGCGAAAACAAAAGUAAAACUAGAAGCGUUUAAAGCAAGAACCCGAAAAUCAAUUGACCAGAUAGAUGAUAACAAUACUGAAACGUCUAAGCGUGUAAACCAUUUGAAAGAAGAAAUAAACAAGCUUGCUGAUUCACUGGUUGACAUGAUAAAUGAUGCGUCGCGUAAAGAGACAGACAGACUGACAGACAUAGACAAAAAACACGGAAAGAAAUGUUUCGAUGUUCGGUAUAGUUUAACACAAAGAGUAUGUUUUCUACAGAGUCAAAUAGAUCACACGGAUGCCAUGUUGAAUCAGGGACUUGAAUGUGAUGUGUUGAAAGCUGACAGCGAGAUGAAGCAAAGACUCGCAGAAAUAGAGAAAGAACAACUGCUUGACUCAGAUUUUGAGUUUAAACCUUUGAACAUUUCUGCCAUUCCAUCAGUAACUUCAGGUGUGCUGCAGGUUGUCCAGAGUGCUGUCAGGAACACCGUGCCACAUGCGUUCCCGGUUUUACGCGAGACUACUUUACUUAAGGGAUUGAAAUUAAAAUAUGGUGCGGGACCUGUGCAUUCUCUCAGUUUCACGAGAAGUCAAAAUGUUCUAAGUGUGCAAGGACAUGACUGCCACCUUUGUCUCUUUGAGAAAUCAAAAUCACGGCCAACAUGGACAUUUAGAGUAUAUCUGGACGAGGUGAUGAAUGAAGGAGUUGAAAGUGUGAUAGAGAAGCACAACAGACACCACCCAGACAACAAAAUACCCGCACGGGAUUACACAGACUUGAAGAAACCAUUUCCGUACAAGGACACAAAUAACAAUGGAGACACCUGCUGGGUUAUCAAGGAGCAUAACUGGGUUGGUAUUGAAACCGACAGCGGAGAUGUUCGAAUAUUGACCUUCAACCCAUUUGCUGAACCUGGACAAGAGUUCAAACCUGUAGAUGUGUGCUGGGGUAACAAACAGGAAAUCUAUAUUGUGGACAGCCGGACAUGUGCGAUUAUUGUAUACAGUCUUCAAAAAGGAUUUGAAAAACUAUCAAAAACCUUCGGUGUCACGGCUGUGGCUAUGGACAGAGAAGGAAAACUGUGGGUUGGUAAUUCAAAUGGACGGAUUGUUAUUUGCAGUGUAGACUAAUUCCAAACUAUAGUCCUCCCCACGGGUAACGCCGUUUUCUUCCUAUGGUAUUUGUACUACAAGAUAUUUAUUUCUGAGCAGAUUGUUUUCUAAAUGGCACACAAAAAUAGUAUUUUUUUCUAUCCAAAACACUUUUACUUUUCUUCUUACGUCAAAUCAAACUGAAAUUAUUAUUUAAAAAAAAAUCUUUCAUGAAGGCUGGAACAGGCUAAGUCCAAGUGUUGAAUAAGUUUCUAAUGAAUUUGUUAAAGCUGUGGUCUUUAGUUACCACGAUAUAUACCAUCGUUUACUAUUGAAAAACUUAGUAUGUAUUUAGGAAUUAACUAUUUGCAUCAUGAAGAAUAAUAAAAUGAGAUAUUUUGUCAUGUUUCAAUAUAACGGCCUACAUCACUUACUUUAUACGGUGUUUAAAAGCAAUAUGCACGUGUUUCUUCUUUCAAGCUUCGUAAAGCAUUUUGAAUAGAUAUUUAAAAGCAAUAUGCACGUGUUUCUUCUUUCAAGCUUGGUAAAGCAUUUUGAAUAGAUAUUUGGCAACUUGCCGAUUAAUGAAACCAAACAUUUUUAAUUCACCACUGUAAAAUGGUUAGCAAUAACCAACAUAUUGUACGGUUGACUAUAGCCUCAUUUUCGAAACCUAAUACCGUAUUACUCUGCAUGGUGUAAACUGUAAUUUCCUAACCUUUUACCAAGUUUAAAGCAACACAAAUGUGUAAAUAAUUAGCAAUAAGCAAAAUAAUAAGGGUUUAAAACCAAUAAUUAAUUGUUUGUUUUAGUCUCCCUCUGGCUGUAAAAAUAACGUAGCGUCCACCGAGAACGACGUAUCGCACCUCAGAAGUACCCCUUUAGGAUUUAAAGACUUAUUUCAUUUGACAGCUUAUCGCAGAGUCUUCAGGGCCGACGGUGGGGCGGGUUAUAGGAUCGAGGCCUUUCGGUGGACUCGAUGUUUUGUUUGCUGGUCACAACAGGUGCCCUACGACUGGUACAUCAAAGACGAAAUGAUUUCGUUAUCAAACCUCUGAAGCUGUAUUUAACAGUUCUUGACUUGACACGUAACAAUGAAAUUUUGAGGAAAAAUGGCACCAAUUUUCUUUUUUUAAAUCUCCAAGGCCUAAGCUUUAAAAUGGUGUAUGUUGCCUGCUUUCUUUGUUAAAUUCCCACGGGAGAUGAUUUGGACAACUGGCCCUGGACCUUUUCACAAAGCGGCCUCAAUUUGAGUUGCAUGCUUAAAUGCCCUGUAUUUAACUAUUGUUUAGUUUUCUCACUAGUGUUUACUUCUAAAUGAGUGCGCGGUCGAUCUGGGGUCGAUCCCCUUCGGUGGGCGCAUUGGGCUAUUUCUCGUCACAGCCAGUGCACCACAACUGGUAUAUCAAAGGCCGUGGUAUGUGCUAUCCUGUUUAUGGGGUGGUGCAU